GGGGACUCCGGGCGCGGAGCGAGGAGGGGGAGGAGGGAGAGCAGGGGGAGGAGGGAGCCGUAGGAAGGGGAGGCAGGAGCCCAGCCGGCCGCCGGACUUUGCUGCUGUUGCCUCUGCGAGCGGGGCAGGCACGGCGGCGGGCACGGGGAGCUCAGCAGAGAGGUGGCUGUACUCGGGCUGCAGGAGUCCGAGCCCAGCGGGGUCAGUGCCGCGGCGGCCCCGAGAGGCAGCCUCUCCUUUCCACCCCACACUGGAUGGGCUCCUUCCACCAGGCCCAACUCUCAGCCCUGCCAGGUCUUUUGGUUCCUGAGUUCUUUCUCCUGCCCCAGUGUUUCAUACUGCCCUUCCCAGAGUGCACACUCUAGCAUCUCCUCACAGAACAGGAAGGAACCCUCCGUAGCAGGGUCCACAAUGGGAGGUAACCUGGGCUGCCACCGCUCCAUCCCAAGGGACCCCUCAGACCUUUCUCACAGUCGCAAGUUCAGUGCCGCCUGCAACUUCAGCAACAUCCUGGUGAACCAAGAAAGACUCAACAUCAACACAGCCACCGAGGAGGAGCUGAUGACGCUGCCUGGGGUCACCCGGCCGGUGGCCCGCAGCAUUGUGGAAUACCGGGAGUACAUCGGUGGCUUCAAGAAGGUGGAGGACCUGGCCUUGGUGAGUGGGGUGGGGGCCACCAAGCUGGAGCAGGUCAAGUUCGAGAUCUGUGUGAGCAGCAAGGGCAGCUCCGCUCAGCAUUCGCCCAGCUCCUUGCGGCGGGACCCCUACUCAGAACCCCAGCAGUACCACUUGGCGACAGCGCCCCCCACUGCAAAAGUUAACAUCAACACAGCCACCCCAGCCCAGCUCAUGAGCCUGCGAGGGGUGUCUGAGAAGAUGGCCUUGGGCAUAGUGGACUACCGCCAGGAGCAUGGGCCCUUCAAGAGUGUCGAGGACCUCAUUAGGUUGGACGGCAUUAAUUCCUGCUUCCUAGACAAGAUCCGACCCCAAGUGUUCGCGGAGAGGUCCCGGCCCCCCUCCACACACACCAAUGGGGGUUUGCAUUUCACUGCCAAGCCCCACCCUAGUCCCACGUCCCUGAGCCUCCAAAGCGAGGACCUUGACUUCCCCCCCGGAGGCCCGACCCAGCUCAUCUCUACACGUCCGUCCAUUGAGGCUUUCGGUGGGACCCGGGAUGGCUGGCCCGUGCUGAGGCUGGCCACCUGGAAUCUGCAGGGCUGUUCCAUUGAAAAGGCCAACAACCCCGGUGUUCGAGAAGUUGUGUGCAUGACUCUGUUGGAGAACAGCGUCAAGCUCUUAGCUGUGCAAGAUCUGAUCGACCGGGAGGCCCUGGAGAAGUUUUGUACGGAGCUCAACCAGCCCACCCUGCCCAGCAUCCGGAAGUGGAAGGGCCCCCGCGGCUCCUGGAGAGGCGUAGUCUCUGUGAAACCCUCCAGCCAGCUCCCUCAGGGUGGGCCUUACUUGGGAUUCCUCUGGGACACUGCUGCGGGCAUAGAACUCAAGGAUGCCGGCUUCCAGGAGGGCCCUCCAGCCAGCAACAACGGGAAGCUCUUGAACCCCAACCCCUAUCUUGCACACUUUAAGAUUGGGGCAAAUGACCUCAUGUUGGUGAACCUGUGCCUGGCAGCCACAGCCUGCCCCGCUGGGGGAGAGAAUCCUGGAAAGACCCCCAGCAACAGCCACAAAGCAUUACCCUUCGCCCAGACCCUGCAGGACAUGGUAAAAGGAGAAAAAGACUUUGUGAUUCUGGGAGAUUUUGGUCAAGGUCCAGAGAGCAGUGACUGUGACAUCUUGAGGAAAGAGAAAUUCCAGCCCCUGGUCCCUGGCAGCACCUUCACGGACAUUAGCACUAAGAAUCCUCAGGGCACAAAGUCACUGGACAACAUCUGGAUCAGUAAAAGCCUAAAGAAGGUUUUCACAGGCCACUGGGCGGUGGUGAGAGAAGGCCUCACAAACCCCUGGAUCCCAGAUAACUGGUCCUGGGGGGGCGUGGCGUCCAGCCACUGCCCUGUGCUGGCUGAAUUCUACACGGACAAGGACUGGAACAGGAAGGAGGGUGUCCCUCGUGGUGGCAGUGGUGUGUCCUUGGAGCAGAGCGAGGCCCACAGCAAACAUGAGCGAUGACGGCGCCAGGACAGGGGAAGGAGGGGGCUGGAGUGGGGCCGAGCUCUUGAGCCUCAGCCUCUGCUGUGAACCCCCACUGCCCUUCCUCCCUCCUCCUCCAUAGCCUCCAGGAAUGUUCUGGGGUCUCAUCCCUGCACACGAAGCUAUGAUUCUUUACCAGGGACAGAGUGGGUCCUCGAUCUGACUGGACAUUCCAGUCCAAACGCAGAUGGACAAAUAGAAGCCCCUCUGUCAUCGAGUGAAGCCGUCCUCCUGAGCCAGGGAUUGGGGGCCCACACACAGGGACCUGCCCAACAAUGCACUGGGACGUUCAAAGUGCUGCCCGCUAUGGGAUGGCUCUUCUCUGCUCGUCCUCCCUGCUCGAGCCUCCCAGACCUCCCCGGGCUCGACCCUGACGAUGACCAGUUUAGUGAGGCGCCGGCCUCUCUACCCUUGAAUGCCGUCUCUGACCUUCACCAUUUACCCUCCACUAAUCUUCAGCCUUCUCUGCUUCCCAGAGUUGGAUGGAGUGGGACAAAGCUGGUUGUCCCACUGACCGUGCCUAUCCCAUGUUUGUGUUGCCAUGUGGGGUGAACUGUUCUGACAGCCAGUGGUCUGCAGCCUCCCUGGCCCCUGCUCUUAGUACACAGCCAGCCUUGCCACCUCCUCAACGGAGGGAGCAGAGGUCCUGGGCACCGUCCUUGCUAGCUGUCUGCUCCAGGACACUCCUGCUCCUCCUUUGCCCUGGGCAGGAAGAGAGAGGCAGCCCUCCUCCCUUCCAAGGCCGACUCCUUCACUGGCUAGGCCCUGGGACCCAGGACCUUCCUUUACUGAGCCCCAGGCCCUGGGCCUGGUGCCCAGCCCAGCCCAUCUUGUCCUCAGACUCCUUCUGUCAUUCCCUCCUUCCUCCUCUGUAUCCUGUCUGUCCUUAGCUACUGGCUCCCUGCCCCUGCCCUCUACUCAAGCUACCUCCCUAUAUCUCUUCUCCCUUUCAUGGGGGAGGGGAGGGGGGGAGGGGGAGAGAGAGAGAGAAAGAGAGAGAGAAAGAGAGAGAGAGAGAGAGAGACAGAGAGAGAGGAGAUAGGAGAGAGAGACAGAGAGAGAGAGAGAGAGAGAGAGGAGAGAGAGAGAAGGAGAGAGAGAGGAGAGACAGAGAGACAGGGAGAGAGAGAGAGAGAGAGAGAGAGAGAGAGAGAGAGAGAGAGAGAGAGAGAGAGGAGGAGGGAAGGAGGGAGGGAGAGAAGGAGGGAGGGAGAGGAGAGGGGUUGGGGCAGAGAGAGGCAGAAGAAGGGAAGGAGACAGAGAGGGAAUGGGGCAGAGGGAAAAGAAAGGGGAGAGAGGAGGGAGAGGGGAGGCAGGGAGACUUUCCAACUCCCUCCUUCCUUAAUCACUUGAAGUCUGACUUGGGAGACCAGGCCAGCCACCAGCGUCCUGAAGCUCCUCUCCCAGUGGUCACCCACAGCCUUUCAACUGCUCAAUCUGGUGGCCGAGUUUCAGUCUUUCUUUCCUGCAGUCCCACCCCAACCUGGUGUCUCCCUGCCCUCCUUCCCUUUCUGACCACCUCUUCUUAGUCCCUCCCCCCAUGCUGCCCCCUUGCUUUUAGCCCAGCUGUGCCCUCAGCUCUGUCCAGGCUCUCCCCUCUCCUGUGGAUCUCAUCCACUUCCCUGGAUUUCGUCUAGAAGCAGGUGGUUCCAGCCCUGACCUCUCCUGAGCUCCAGCUGCAGCCCCAGCCGCCUGCCGGGCACAUCCUAGAGGUCCUGUAGGCAUCUUCCUCAGAAGCCUGCCUUCCUUCAAACUUUUGUAUUUUGGUAAAGGCCUCAGCGUCCCCCCUGGUCCCCAGGUUCUACCUGGGAGGUCUUCCUCUUCCCUGUCCCCCAAGGUCUGGCUUGCUGCAGAGUCUGUCUAUCCUCCCUGUGCAUGGCUCCCAUGUAUUCCUUCUUCUCUGCCCAGAUGGCCACCGCCCUUGGUCCAGGCCCUCUGACCUCAGAUUUCUCCAAUGCUCCCCUGCUACCCAGCUGCCAUCUCCCUUAGGGCUGGCAUCUCCUCAGCCUGCAUUCAAGGCCAGCCCCAAUCUCCUUCCAGACUUGGUUCUUUUUCUAUGUCUGGCUGCCCUGGACUGCUGGCCGUCCAACUGGACAUUGCACCUUUGCAUUCGUGGCUCUCCUAGCAGCAGCGGCCCCUGCCUCACCUUCAUGUCUUCCUUCAAGGCUCUGCCCAGGUGCCAUCUCCUCUGGGAAGCCUUCCUUGGCUCCCCAGCGCUCUCUCUCUCUCCCACUUCGGAUCAUCUAAAACAGAGAGGAGGUUCCUGGUGUUUAGUAGAGUGGAGGCUCCCUGAGGGCAGGCAUGGUUCCCUCUUUGGCUCUGUGUCCCUAGCAUCUAGCACCGGGUGUUGCAGAUGGGGGUCACUGAAUAAACACGUUUUGGAUUGCAUUGAUUUGACUUGAAAUAAACCUCAGCAGAAUCGGC